AUGCAAGAGGAAAGUGCAGUGAUCGCGGACUUUACGUGUGCGGUGUGCGAUAAGGCGGAUUCGGUAGAUUCGUUAUUGCAGUGCGAUUUUUGCGAUAAAUGGUACCAUUACGAGUGUGCGCACGUGGAUAAAACGGUAGAGACGAGGGCAUGGUGGUGUGCGGAGUGCGAAGUGAAGACCAAACUAGCGAGCGGCAAGAAAGACGACGAGAUAGCGCGCUUGAAGAGAGAGAUGGAGGCUCUUAAAGCCACGACGGAGAAAGCGUUAGCUUUGAUACGGGAGAAGGAUGCGGAAGUAGCUCGGCUCAGUAAGAACAGCGAGCGAACCUCGUUUUCGCCCGGGGAAUCGCUUCCUUGCUCAACGGCUAAACGGAUUUCGGUCAACGAAGAAGGUGACCUGAGCCAAAGCCAAAUAGCAGCCCGUCAAGCAGUGCGCUAUGAACUCCCUUCAUUCAAUGGGAAUCCCGAGGAAUGGCCGAUAUUUCUGUCUACCUUUCGAAGAUCGUCUCGUACGUUUGGGUUUACCGAAGACGAAAAUAUCCUUCGAUUGCAAGGAGCGUUACGGGGAAAAGCACUACGAACGGUGCAAGGCCGUCUCCGGCACGCUGACAAUCUGGAGGAAAUAUUGAGCGCGCUUGAAAAAUCAUACGGGCGACCGGAUGUGUUAGUGAAUACGUUGCUCGAACAAAUUCGCGAAUCACCGCCGAUUAAGUCUGAGCGGCUCGAUAGUUUUAUCGAAUACGGCGAUUUAGUUGCUGAAAUAUGUUCAACUAUAAAGGCAAGCGGAACUUCUGACAGAUUGUACGAUGCAUCGCUGCUUCAAGAGCUGGUGGACCGUAUGCCGGCAUAUCUGCGCUGGAGCUGGGGCAUGCAUAGUCAGGAGCUGAAAAGUGUGACGAUGAGCGAGUUCGGUGCCUGGAUUCAGAAGGCGACGGAUGGAGCAAUGGCGGUAACUCCUCCGCAGCUGAAGAAGAAGACGACAACGCGACAAGUGCAUGCGCAACACGUGGAGACGCAUCAGCCCCAGCCCAAUAGGCAUCGAGAGUGCGCGUUGUGUAACAGUGAUACGUGCGGUACGAUCGCGGAGUGUCGGGUGUUUAACCGGUUAAGCGUUGCUGAUAGGUGGGACAAGGUGCGCACCUUGAAGUUGUGCAAACGAUGUUUGGGCAAGCACUACGGCCCGUGCUCGAAGCGUGACGACUGUGGUGUCCAAGGAUGCGUCGCUAAGCAUCACCGGAAGUUGCAUCGUGUCACCAGCGAGGAACGCGUGGAGAUAAAUCAUCAUGGAACGCGCUCCGAUGGUACAUUGCUGCGUUACGUGCCGGUAAAGCUGCACGGUGAGAGUGGUCCAAUUUACACGCAUGCGCUGUUAGACGAGGGGUCGACGGUGACGUUGAUGGAGCAGGAGCUCGCCAGGCAACUUGGGGUUAGCGGCGUUCUUGACCCGUUGUGUUUGCAGUACAGUGCGGGAGAGCGACGCGAUGAACGUGAUUCGGAAAGGGUAGCGGUGCAAGUCUCCAGUGCUGAAGAAAAUGCAUCCGCAUUUUCGAUGGCCGACGUGCGUACAGUCAGCCGGUUAUCGCUCCCUAUCCAAUCGGUCGAUGUGAACGAGUUGAAGCGGAAAUAUAAGCAUUUGGAGGCGAUUCCAGCUGCCUCGUAUGAGGCUGUUUCUCCUCGUUUACUAAUCGGUAUCGACCAUUACAGAUUGACCAGACCUUUGAAAACUAUAGAAGGACAGCCAGGACAACCUACAGCUACGAAGACGCGUUUGGGAUGGCUCAUUUUUGGCAAAUGCACGGAUAACGCUAACGACACAUCCAUUGUGCAGCCGGAGUCUAGCUACCACGUAUGCGAUUGCCAAGGAGAGACCUCACGGGCAGAUCGUAUGAUGGCAGCGUACUUCGAAGUGGAAGGUUAUGGUCCUGCGAAGGAGCCUUUGUUGUCGAAGGAGGAUCAACGUGCGAUGUCGAUUCUGCAAAACAACACAAAACACGUCGACGGGCGGUACACCACGGGCUUACUCUGGCGGAGCGACAACGUUUUCAUGCCGGAAAACCGUCAAAUGGCUCUAUCUAGGAUGGAGUGUCUGGAGCGUAAGAUGAGCCGAGAUACGAGCCUUGCGGAGAAAAUUAACGCGAUACUAGAGGACUACUUGAAAAAGGGCUAUGCCAGACCGAUAAGAGAGGAUGAGCUGAAAACCUUCUACCCUAGGAAAUGGUAUCUUCCAGUGUUUCCAGUGACAAAUCCUAACAAGCCUAAUAAAGUUAGGUUAGUAUGGGAUGCGGCAGCUGAAGUUAGAGGUAUCUCGCUGAACAAGAAGCUGCUGACUGGGCCUGACCUGUUGACGCCGCUGCAAGCCGUGCUAUUCCGUUUCCGUGAAUAUCGAGUCGCGGUGGCAGCUGACAUCCGGGAAAUGUACCACCAGGUACGCAUUUGCGAUGAUGACGUCCACAGUCAACGGUUCCUAUGGAGAUGGGGAAACACAAAUGCAGAGCCGCAGGAGUUUGUCAUGCUGAGGAUGACCUUCGGUGCAGCAUGCUCUCCAAGUACGGCGCAAUUCGUAAAGAACGAGAAUGCGGAGAAAUAUCGUUCCCUGUACCCGCGUGCAGUUCGCUGUAUCCAUGAAGAACAUUACGUGGAUGACAUGCUUACAAGUGUGGAAACGGAACCAGAAGCGAUUGAGCUGGCAUAUCAGGUGAGCGUAAUACACAAUAAUGCUGGAUUUUCUCUCCACAAUUGGCUCUCAAAUAGCAUCAAAGUCGCGACAGCGGUAAAAGGCACUGAGUCAACCCUCAAGGAAAUGGAUUUCGAACCGUGUCUAAAGCCAGAGAAGGUGCUGGGAAUGUGGUGGGACACCACAACAGAUAGUUUCGGCUUUAAACUAUCCCGUGUAAGACACCUGGAGCUGGCACGCAAGGACAAACCACCGUCCAAGAGGCAGAUGCUGCGGACUUUGAUGUCGAUCUACGACCCGUUAGGUUUGAUCGCAGGCGUGCUUUUUUAUUUGAAAGUACUUCUUCAGGAAGUCUGGCGCCUACACCUUGGCUGGGAUGACGAAGUUCCGGAAGAGAUCCAGCAUAAAUGGGACGCCUGGAUGGAACGACUGCCAGAAUUGGAAAGUUUCAUCAUACCACGUUGCUACCGACAGCUGGCGUCGCUCACCGAAUCAUCUCUACAGCUACACGUGUUCGUUGAUGCGGGUGCAGAUGGUUACGCAGCGGUCGCGUACUUCCGUUUUGAGUGCCAUGGACGUAUCGAGGUGUCGUUAGUUGGAUCCAAAGCUAGAGUGGCGCCUCUAAAGUAUCUUUCCGUGCCCCGCUUAGAGCUGCAGGCUGCUGUGAUGGGUUGCAGAAUAGCCUCGUCUAUAACUAGUGCUCAUCGAGAAACUAUUCGUGGAAGCUACUUCUGGACAGACUCGACUGAUGUUAUAGACUGGAUAAACGCAGACCACCGUAAGUACUCGAUUUUCGUCGCACAUAGGGUUGCUGAGGUGCUGGACACGACGAACGUCGACGAUUGGCGAUGGCUUCCAACUAAACUUAAUGUGGCGGACGAAGCGACCAAAUGGACCAACCUGCAGCAUCAUCUCGCCUCCGAACGAUGGUUUAGUGGGCCCGAGUUCCUGCAACUACCCGAAGCAGAAUGGAACAUACCUCGUCGAGUACCAUCGGAAACGUCCGAGGAGGUGCGGAAAAAGGAUAGGCUGAAGCUGGUCGGCAUCCACAUAGCGCGUCCGAUUUUCAUCGACUACGAGAGAUUUUCCCGAUGGACGCGGCUGGUCAGGACGAUGGCUUACGUGUGUCGGUCCGCUUAA